AUGUAUCGAGCUAUUUGGCUGCAUCCGGAAGAUUGCGAGUACCAGCACAUUUUUUGGCGGUUUUCUUUCGAUGAUCCUCUCACCGAGUGGGAAUUGCGCACGGUAACAUUUGGCAUUUCAAGUAGUCCGUUUUUGGCACAGCGAACCCUCAAACAACUCAUAUUGGAUGAGGGUGCGAGAUUUCCGCGAGCGGCUCAAAUACUGGAAUCCUACCGGUUUAUGGAUGAUAUUCUCUUUGGUGCCUUCAGCACAACCGCGGCUAGCGAAUUGUGUCAGGAGUUGGUCGCGCUGCUUCGGCUCGGCGGUUUUGAACUGCGAAAGUGGGCAAGUUCUUGUACUUCAAUUCGCGAAGAUUGUUCGAUCGAAUUCAAGGAUCUUUCUAUUGCCGGCACUUCUUCAAUUAAAGUUUUAGGUUUGAUAUGGGAUCCGAUAAGAGAUGAGUUUCGCUUCAAGGUGGAUGAUUCUCAGACCAUUCUGACAAAACGCGGUAUUUUAUCACGAGUCGCACGAAUUUAUGAUUAUAAUGGGUAUCUAUCUCCGGUUACCUUCGCUAUGAAGGUUAUUCUUCAAAGGCUUUGGCUGCUGAAGACAGAAUGGGAUGAUCCCUCACCUCCUGAAAUUAUUGAACUAUGGAAUCCUCUCGAAAAGGAAUUCAAGAUGUUGGAGGGCAUUUCUAUUCCUCGGUGUGUGGUUCCUAGUACUCCGUUGAGGGCACAAAUCAUUGGGUUUUGCGAUGCUAGUAUUCUGGGAAUGGCAGCGGUGGUAUACUUGCGUGUUGAAAAUGAGCAGGGAAUUUUUUGCAAUUUACUUUGUUCAAAAACUAAGGUUGCCCCACUUAAAAGCUAG